UGCACAGGCGCCCCAGGAGGCAUCGGUGCCGCUUUCUUCGGUUUCUGUUCCCUCGUCCCACACGCUGGAUAGCGAAGUAUCGGAAGCCUUUGAUUCCUACGAGGCCGAUCUUGCGAAACUUGUGCAUGGUUUCGACGCUCCAGCGGCCCUGGACCCCUUUCAGGAGGUACCGCUGGGCACUGGUACACGGGAGGCAAAUUUCCAACUCCACAAUGAGGAAGCCCCUAUGAUGACAAGUAUGGAUACACCCGACGUACCGGAGCGCCCUUGGAAUAUACCGCGCCCACCGCCAGAGGACGUGCCGUACACGGUGUCGGAUCAACCCAAUACGGACGCC